AUGACGAAACGAGUGUCAUUCUUGUUGUUCAACGAGGUAGAACAGACAUACCAGAUUUGUGACAACGUUUCUGAAAAAGGACAUCCGUUCAAAGCUGACGGGUUAGUUUUUAACUCUUCGCAAAAAUCGCAACCGAGUUUGGAGCGACGAUCCAUAUUGAAAAGAUCAAGUAACGUAGUUGGGAACGUUGAUCAAAUGAAAUUCGCAAACCAAACAAACGACAAUCCAAAGAACACGUGUCACAACCAUUCGACUUACACAAACACAUUUACAACAAAAGCUACAAGCAACAAAAGAAGAAACAGCUUCAACAGUUCGUUACUGAGAUGUCUGCAAGUAGCCACAAAGGAUGGAAAUGAAGACAGCGAUGAUGGCAUUGAUGAAAUAACCUUUCCAUCUCAUCAAUCAAACAACAACAUUGUGACUGAUUGUUCAGCAAACACAACAAACAACAUCAACAAAACAUCGAUGCACACAUCAACAUCACACAACUCGGAAAGAGUUAAAAACAUUAAACACAAUAAUGACGACACGCAUGAAAGAGAAGCCGAUCAGCACUGCGCCGAGCAAUCAUUUGCAAUCAUUACAACGAACAGUUAUUCUGUUGAUCAUGGAAUGGACCUCACCAGCGACCCCACACCACAACAGACGACUUCAACAUCUAUCGAGGAACCUGCAACUGAUUUGAGCAACUAUUUCAGCGAUGCUUCCAACGCAUCAGCACUUUGUUCAGCGACAUUUCCAAGGAGCAACACCUUGAAAACAUCUUCAGCCUUUGACUGCAUGAGCUUUAAAAAGGAUCAUUGCGAUGUUAAUUGCGAUCCAUCUGGCUGUUCAAUUGACGUAAUAUGCACAUCUCAUGAGUUGCAUUUCAAAUGUCCUUGCUGUUCAGCCGUUAAAACAAUGCAACCUGGACUCAAUUAUUACUACUUGUUGAAACACAUCUUCAACGAAGACCACCCUCAUAAGAUAAUGCAGCAUCUCAAGAACUGCAUUUGUUCAUCGGAUGAGGUUGACAAACAGGAAAACCUCAAAAUAACGAAGAGAAAAAAUUCACUGCCUCGAAGAGUGGCAAAGUCUCUUGUUGGUCGAUUGAGAUGUUUGAAACAACGAAAUGAUUCAAACGUUGAGGCUCCACAAAAGCAAUGUGUUUUAUAA